AGCAAAUGUGUCUCUUCAGCGGCAAAAGCGUACACACCGUUAUUUACACUUCUCAAUUGUCAACUGAAUUUGUCUCCAAUCAAUCGCUUCGCCUUACAUGACGAGAAAUAUCCAGUUACUGUUCGAAGAGUUUCGUAUUCCAAACAUGUUCCCUAG